CUUGUGGCUUGUUCAGUCGAAAGGAUUGGGUACUGUAGUCAUCACGUCAUCCACGUUUGAAAGAGAGGAAAAUAGGCGCUCCAACACCAAUCCACAAGAGAGGCAAACAUUGAUACCACCAAACAAGCAAAGCAACCAAAACUGCAUUACCAACACAACAAAAUCACCAUCCUUAAUACCUACUCGAGCAUAGCACGGCAAUCAUCAUCCGACGGCGUCGUCUUUCCUCUCAUCCCUCCCCACUGCCUGAUUAGGCAAUACGCAGCGCUCCCAAUCAGCCGCCGCCAUGCCAGGCGUGCCGACCUAUCGCGGCUGCGAUGCGUGCAGGAAGCAGAAGAAAAAGGUUCGUUUCAAUUGCUCCAUCUAGGUCUGCUGUCCCCAAAUGGAGUUGCAAGCCAAUGGAAAUCCUGGCCACAUCACAUCUCUGCCAUCCGUGCCGUGCCGCUAAAGCACCCUCCAGUGUGACAUGGCCUCGCCCGCGUGUGCCCGCUGUUCGCGCCUAAACAUCCCAUGCAUAGGGUGUGGCCAGCUGCGAUACAAGUUCAAGGACCAGACGGACCUGCAGGUCGAGAGAUCGUCCAAAAAGGCCCGGAGCGGGACGUCUGGGAGCGGGAGCGGAAGCGGGAGCCCAUCGUCCAUCGCGAGCCUCGUAUCGAACAGGGAUACCGCUCGAUCUGGGGCCUUUGUUUCACUGCUGGACAUCAACGACCCGAGCUACGACCUCGCCUGCUAUGGCCCUUGGUUCAAGGAUCUCCCGCGGCGUCUGGGUACCAAUGUAGCGCUGGAUGCUGCGGUAGAGGCCAUGGUAGGUUUCUACCCACACCUCCGCAGGCAUGACCUGUCGACACUGUCCCGGGGAUCUGUGGUGAAAUAUGUAAACGCACUACAGGCUCUCAGGACCAGUUUGAAUGACCCGCAGAGUGCAAACAAGCCGGAGACGCUAUGUGCCGUCUAUGUGCUAAUGAUUUGUCAAGGCUGGACGGGAAGAGACAGGGAUCAAAAGAUGAGCCAUGGAGAGGGACUUGCACACUUGCUCGAUGCAGCUGGGUCCAAGAGUAAUCCGGACCCGUUCGAAAAAAGUAUACGUGAUACCCUUUGUGUGCCUGUCAUUAUAGAAGCCAUCUUCAACCCAAAGAUCCGACUGAGUCCCUGGUUCCUAAACCUCAAGAAGCGCGCAUUGGGCCCGGCUGCACCUCUUGGUAGCAGUGCGAAAAACUUCCUUAGUCUGGAACUCAGCAAUCUUGUCCGGAUCCCAGAUUUGAUCCGAGAGCCAGCCAAGUACAAGGACGACAUUGCCGUGGCGUAUGAACGCAUGCGCUAUGAAAUACCGCUGUUGAAAGGCGGCCUAGAGAUGGCUGAUACUCUCGCCUCCGAAACACCAACGCGCGCGGCAACAAAGAUGCGUAUUCAGUACCAAGUCUCUUUGGGUCUGUUGAUGGGAUGCGCACUGAUUUAUAAUGGGUAUCUACGUGCUUUUGGAAUAGAUGAUGGGGGCAUGGCUGAGGAGGCAAACGCAAUGACCAACGACGCCAUCAAGUUGGCCCACGAUGCUUCGCAAUACAGGCCUCUAGGAGCCAGCUUCAUACCGCUUUGCCUGAUUCCAGGGUGGGCGGCUGCAGAUAGUGUUGAGAUUCAGCAGAGAGUGGUUCAAGCACUGGAGAUUUAUCAGGACGACUUUACACCUCUCACAGGCAGGAGUUGGUAUAUCAUGGCUCAUUGGCUGAGGGGCGAAAUGGAUCUGAUACGGAGCGGGUUCUGGACUUCACCUCUGGAGAAUUAUAAUGAUAGACAGUGGGGGACGCUGAUGCUUGAUGAGAAGGGGGAUGUGAUUUGCGGUGACGAAUCAAGACAUUGGUUUUAUUCUUGAAGGUGAUUUUGGGCAUCGUGGGCUGCGUAUUGGAUAUAUUUGAAGCGUUGGCUUGUACACGACAUGAUGAUAGACCGGAUAGAUGGCUGCUAUUGGAUGGGUAUAUACACGAAGCUAUGAAUGAAGCGAAAUGCCGAGAAUUAUCGUUUAAUGCCCUGUCAGUGUCAUACUUAGAAACUCUAGCGAAGCCACUCGGGAAGUUAUAGCCAAUAAAGGCACCAAGUCAAAAGGAAGUUUGUUGAUCAUGGCAACGGAGGCUAACAUUUGCCCGAUACGGCAAGUUGCAGGGCUGCGUCAUGGCUUCGCGUCCUCUCUCAGAUUGAUCCAAUUUUAUUACAUUAAACAUAUCGUUUUAAUUUUCA